GCCCGCCUGCCUGCUGCUCGUCUGGCUGACUGGCUGCGUUGACGUCAGCGCCGUGUUGAUUUGCUAAGGCGAGAGAAGAAAGGAGUUAGUGCGUGUUGAGAGAGCGGGUACUGCGAACUGCCUUACUAUGCUGUAGCCCCACUCCCCCUACACUAUACGGAAUCAAAACGUGCAACUUAGAUUUCAUCUUGUUUACAAAGAAAGCAAAAAAACACUGCUGAGCGGGGGGGAAGGCGAGCCUCAUGAGUCGGCCUCGUGGUUUGCAUCGACACAAUGGAUUUAACUAAAAUGGGUAUGAUCCAGCUCCAGAACCCCAACCACCCCACUGCCCUGCUGCAGAAAGCCAACCAGAUGCGUCUGGCGGGGACUCUGUGCGACGUGGUCAUCAUGGUGGACAGCCAGGAGUUCCACGCCCACCGGACUGUGCUCGCGUGCACCAGCAAGAUGUUCGAGAUCCUCUUCCACCGCAGCAGCCAGCACUACACCCUCGACUUCCUGUCACCAAAGACUUUUCAGCAGAUUCUGGAGUACGCCUACACUGCCACGCUCCAGGCCAAGGUGGAGGACUUGGACGACCUCCUGUAUGCGGCGGAGAUCCUGGAGAUCGAGUAUUUGGAGGAGCAAUGCCUCAAGAUCCUGGAGACCAUCCAGUCCUCGGACGAGAACGACGCGGAGGUGAACGCUAAUGACGGGAGCACAGAGGAGGACGACGAGCGCAAGGGCCACAACGGAGCCAAGAACUCCAAAAAGCAUUCCAUGGAGAGUCAUUAUCUGUCGGGUAACCACCAGCUCCCCAUCAUGGCCGGCAUGGUGGACCAGAGUCCUCUGUCUCCACCUCCUUCGGCGUCUCCCACCUGAGUCCCACCAAAGCCG